AUCACUCGAAGUUCUUAAAAAACGUAGAUUUAUAAUAUGGUGCUCAUAACAAAAGUCUUUUUGCUGGCUGUCGGCAUCCUGGGCGUGUACGCAGUUCCCCAAUUUGCUGGGAACGAUGCCGUAGAUCAGAGCUUUUUUCGCAUGAUCGUGGCUCGAAUGGGCUCGCCGUUGAUCGAGUCCCGGGCUCUGUCUCCUGCUGAGAAAACCUGUGGCGAUAUUUAUAAUAAUGCCACCAACAAAAUCUACAUCGACUUGACAAACGACACCACCAAAUGUGUGGAUGAGGCCAAUCGUACCAACACCGACAACGACAAGACAAGCAAUGCUACUGUAACCACAAUUCGCAAUCAGUCGCUGACUCUGGAGCAGAACCUGCAAAGGUGCAAGAAUAUCACAGACAAUAAACUGUAUCUCAACUGCACCAUUUCUCAUUUCGACAGCAGCCUGCAGCUGUUGGAUAGCUCCAACACAUUGGCCCUCCUUGUGAGUUCUCAAUUCGAAACCAAUGCCACCGUUGUUCAGGCCCAGCGCUCCAACUGCAUUAGCGCCGCUGUUAGCAAGGCCAAGGUGAAGUUAAUUGAAACGGCUAACGAUUACAACACUUGCUUGGCCAAGGCACAGUUGCAGCGUCAAGUGCCACAGGAAAAGCACCAGGAAAAGGAAAAGCCAGAGGAGCACCCAAAGCCACUGCAUAAUGAGAGCGAGCCAGCUAAGAAGCCUUAAAAGGAGUCACAUGAUGAUCACAAAGUUGAGCCAUAGUUGGCCUUAAAAUAUUAUAUGGGCUUUGAAAAGCCAUAUUUAAUUCGCAAAUACAAAUAGCUUUCUCAACAGAGCAUAGUA